ACGAAAAAGACUGCGGUCAUUUCAGGAAGUUCUGUUUUAUAGUGAACCAAUAUUGAUACCGAAGUUACUGGUGUUCUUGUAGCAUAAUACCGAACUGGUUUGGAAACGGAUCAGGUUGAAGGACAUGCCUUUGUUUUUUCAGAACAGAGAAUUAGAUUGCUUCAGAUCAACAGCGGAAUUAUUCGACAAAUAUCCACAUUUACAGGAAAAUGCAAAAGCAUUUCGCUCCAAGCCACGUGUAGAUGUAGAUCAAAAGCACCUCCUGUAUGUUCAGCAGAGAGAGUUUGCAGCGACAACUCCAGCAGACAACUGCGUUUCGAUCCUUGGAUCAGAUGAUGCUACCACCUGCCACUUGGUCGUGCUGCGACACACCGGUAGCGGAGCCGUUUGUCUGUCUCACCUCGAUGGCUCCAGCACCAGGACUGAGGUCCAGCUCAUUAUGAAAGCCGUCACAUCACUGAGUGACGGCUGUAAUGAGGGCAGAUUUGAGCUGCAUCUGGUUGGAGGGUUUGAUGACGAUGACAAAAGAUCUCAUAAACUCAGCCUUAACAUCCUGGCAGUGUUCCAGAAACAGAAGGAACACGUUCACCUGGAGACAUGUUGCAUCACAGAGAUGAACAACGUAGUUGACAAGGGAAUUCAUAAACCGAUAGUAUACGGAAUAGGUGUCAAUGUUAAAACAGGGGAAGUGUUCCCUGCCUCAUUUCCUCAUAAAGGACCUGCAGAGAUGCUGCGGUCGGCACGGACCUUCACUGGAGGAGAGAUGACUGACAUUUAUGACUCAAGACAUGGACUUGUUAGAGUUGGACCUUGCCAGUGGAGUCCUGAUUUGGAAAUUGCCUUCUGGUUGUCACAAAGUGAUGCCACUAUUUUAAAGUACCUGUCCACGUCUCCGUUUGCUGAACCGCCGCACUUUGUCCAGCAUAUUAAGUCCACCAUCCAGUUCCUUUUGUCGCAUCCAAACUCUGACAGCCUGUUCCUGGGAGGUCAGCCGCACCUCUACCACCGGACGGAGAGCGGCAACUGGGAGAGGCUUGUCCAGUCAUAACAAAUCACAACCGAACCUUCAAAUGUAAUUUUUUCUGUUUUUCCAAUGGAAACACUGUGACCCCUUUUCAAUCAGAGUAUUUUAUCAAGGGUCCAGUCCCUGACCAGCGCUUUGCAAAUGUAUUCAAACCACAUGGAUCAUUUCUGUUCGGCUCCUCUGAGUAAAGCCAGUUUUGUAUUUGCAUUUUGCAGAUUGGACGGAGAGUUUUCGUGAAAAUCACUUUUCAAGUCUACAGACUCUUUUAGAUUAGGGUGAGAAUAUUUUAAACACGCAAAUAUGCGUCGAUCUAAACCAUUGAACGAGUCAACGCACAUUAUGUGCGUAUUAUCUAAGCCAACACAGCUUGAGUAAAUAGUUAAAUUAACUCUCCUAAGGUUCAGGAGGAGUUAACUGAACCAGACCUAGAACUUGCAGGAUACCAGUCCCUGAAGACUUACGUUUGGUAUGUCUGGUUUAGAUGAAUGCUAAUGUGUUGCCCAGUUAACAGUUAUGAUUUAAGCUUUUACACACCUGACCUGUUUUGUGGGGGCCCUGGUUUUCAUGAUGCUGUUUGUUCACUAACGUUCACCAGCAAACCUCUGAGGCCUUCACAGAGCAGCUCGAUUUAAACCGAUUUAAAUUUACUCAUGCAAGGAAUUAGGGCUGGGCGAUAUGAGUUCAAAAUUAAAUCUCAGAUUUUUUCAUUACAGAUCCGAUAUUGCUUUUUUUUCUUGCUUUCUUUUCUAAAAAGAAAAAGAGAAAAUAUUUUUCAAAAAGUGGCUUUUGUCAUUGUUUUUGUGAGUUGUAUAAGGGUGCAUUAGGGCCAGGAGACACAAUUUUUCAAUAGCUUAUUAAGAAUAAAGUCACAAUUUUACUAGAAGAAUGCCUUAAAUUUGCAAUAAGAAGUUGUUUUUAUGAAAUAUAAACUUCUACAGAGUUACCACGUAGUUCUUUCUUCAGAAUAGACAGUCGUUUGCACAAUUGUUUCAAAGUCCAGUUGAUGCUGAUGUGUCAAAAGAUGAGGUAUCGUCUUAUCUCUAAAACUUAUACCAGAGUAUAACCUCGUACACAUAAACAGAAGCUGUAAAACCUGUCAAGCAAGAUGGCCGGCCUUGGGUGUGCUGACAUCACUCUUGACUGUAGAAAUCCAAGGAAUAAAUUGUUGAAGAUUUAAUUUUGCCCAAAAAUGAAAUCUUCAAAAACCCAAAUUUAGAUUAAUCGAUAAAAUCUAGUCAUCGCCCAGCCCUGGGAGGAAUGUAUUGAUGACUAUGUGACUUGUGAAUAUAUUUGCUUGCUCUGUAUUUUAUUUGGGGGUAUCAGCGUAUUGGGGCCUGUAUACAUAUGUUUACCACACUUUUGAGGUUUUUAUCAGUUAAGGAGAAUGGGAUAUUUUCAUUUUCCUUCAACAUUUCAACAUUAUAGUUAUGAGCUACUUUAUGUUGGUCUGUCUGUCUAAAUUAAUGGAAGCUUCUUUUGCAAGGUGCAGCACAUUACCUCUCCAGGCUCAUAUGGUAACAAGUUGUAUCCAUAGGUCCACUGGAUUGCUGUACAUGAUUUCAUAACUGUACCAGUUUGCGGUUUAACUUUGCCUUAGUGUUGGCCAGUUUCACACUGCAGUCCAAAAAAGGUGACACUUUACACUCAUUUUCUUUCAAAGUAAAGAAGCUUUUUCAGGGGUGACAGGUUCACCACAGCUCUAAUGAAUGCCCUACACUGAGUAAUAAAUGGCACCUUUCACAUUGGUUCCUAAAAACAAGCGCCCUUACUGAUUUUCUUCUGUAUCUGCUGAUGAUGAAUACUCAGCUAAUAUUUCUUGGUGCCACCUUUUCAUGGUUCAUGUUUAGUCGGUGGGUUUAUGUUGUUUCACAGGUUUAUAUAUUUUUUUGUUUUCUUUUUUUCAUGUGAGUACAUGUUUUUCCAUACUAUAUUCCCGACGUGUCCAUUGUUUGAGGUUAACUUGUUGAAAUGGUAGUUUUGGUUUAUAUUGGCCCAGUGUGAGUUUGACUCUUUCUGCUGCCAUUUCUGAAGAGAACCAAAGUAUUACCACAAACAGUACCACACAGUAAAGUUAAUAAACACUUUUACAGAAAGCCAGCCGGGGAGUUAUUUAAAGUUUUUUUUAUGAAAAAGUCAAUUUAAAACCAUCCAUCCAUUUUCUGUACGCCCUUGUCAGUAGUGGGGUCGGGAGGCUUGCUGGUGUCUAUCUCCAGCGAACGUUCUGGGUGAGAACUGGGGUACGCCCUGUACAAGUUGCUAGUCUGUCACAGGGCAUCACAGAGACACACAGGACAAACAACCAUGCACACACAAACCUAGGGGCAAUUUAGAGAAA